UGACGUGGCCUAAACAAGAAGACGCUUCAUACCGAGCGAUGCGACAAUGCCGACUUUUAAAUUCCGGAUACUAAUUUGUCUAAUGAAUAUGAUGUACUUGAUUUAUGUGCACAAUAAAAAUUACAACCGCAAAAAAACGCUUAAUUACUCGACAUAGACAUCAUGCUACAAGUGCGGAUCCAAACUAUCGUUCAGCGGUUAUUAAUACGAACGUAAUAGUUAAGUACACUGGCGAAGUGACCUGGCUGAGUCAUGGGAUUUAUGUGUCUGUAUGCGAUAUCAAUGUGGAGCAGUUCCCUUUUGAUGUGCAACUCUGUACCAUGAAAUGGGCGUCUUGGACCUACGACGGAUUUCAGUUGGAUUUAAAAAAGCAAUUCGACGAAGGUGAUACUACCAACUAUCAAACCAACGGUGAAUUUGAUUUGGUCAGCUUCGAGGCUAUCAGACAUGAUCAGUACUACUCUUGCUGCGUUGAACCCUACCCUGAUAUAACGUAUGUAAUUAAGUUACGUAGGAGACCGAUGUUCUACGUGUUCAACCUUAUUCUUCCAUGUUUACUCAUCAACGGAAUUGCACUCCUUGUUUUCUACGUGCCGUCGGAAUCCGGAGAAAAAGUGACAUUGGGGAUAAGCGCAUUAUUAUCCAUGACCGUCUUCCUGAUGACAAUUAGAGAUACAUUACCGCCAACUGAAAAGACUCCGCUAAUAAGUUUGUACUACGGAGUCAGCACGUGCCUAGUUUCAUUUUCAGCUUCACUAUCCGUGGUCACCCUCAACAUAUCUUACAGAGGAGUGAGAGGGCAGCCUGUACCGGCGGUGGUGCGUGACGUCGUGCUGCAUCGACUCGCGCGUCUUCUGUUCAUCAACUUCGACAUUGACGCAAAGGGUGACAGCAGGGCACAGAGCAGUGUGCCAGUGAACCCUCGUACAGGUUCGCGGUUGAAAGCAGAAGUUCGUUGCGAUGGAGUACCACUGACUCCAGCCUCGCCCAGAUUUGUGCGCCACAAUCAAAAUCAUCUAGCUGGGGCAGCUGCCACAGUUGGGGGGGCUAGCACAACAAGCAGUGAGCCGGUCUGUGUCGCCUCCUGCGCCCGGUGCGUUUGCUGCGGUUGCACGCUGCGAGAGGCCGCAGCCAGACAUGAACAACGAGUCGCCGCCAAUGAAAGACUCGAGCGAGCCAAUUUAGAAUGGAAACAGGUGGCAGUGGUAGCAGAUCGAGCCCUGCUGGCAGUAUUUGUUCUAGUCACAACCAUAGCUACGGCGGCCAUCUUACUCCCACAGUUGAACAACCUACACGUCGGCAACACACCUCUCAAACCACCCAUUUAGAUGAAAUAGCUUUUAAGGCAUAUUACUAUAGCAACGAAUUUGCAGUACCUACCUGUAAAUGUUUUUUUUUUUUCAUUGAAGAAGUGUAUUUGACCUUUAUUAGUUGUUGGAAUAUUUUUUUGGUGGUCGAUAUUUUAUUAUUUUUCAAUAGAACAAGUAUUAAUGUACCUAUUAAAUCCAAAUUUUAAAUAUGUGUCGUAAAAGUUGUAAAUUUGUUGUUGUAAGAGAUAAUAAUUAUACCAAUAUUCAUUGAAUAGGAUUGAUAAUUUAAGGUGACGAUUUAACGCAAUUAUAUUUGUGCCAAUGUUUUAUAACGUCAAUUAUGGUGUUUGAGUAGUUUCGAUUAGUCAUUAAUUAUAAACCCAAAAGGUCGGAGUUAUAAUUUAAUUUAGUUUUAUUGACAUCACAUAUUAAGUAUGUGUUCUUAAAACAAAUAUUAUAUUUAACGCUAUGUGAGACCUUUUAUAUGAUUAUAAUGCAAUAUACUGCUGUGAGGAUUUCGUGAAAAUUAAAAAGAUUUAAAUCUACAAUAUACCUUGAAAUAUCAAAGCCAACGCUUUACUAGACGAUGCUAUUGUCCUUUGUCUCUUUGGUUACAAGAUUGGUUACUGACUUUGAAGCCAAUAAAAUACUUAUAAUAUUUAAAUGUUAUCCAAUAAUAAAUAUUGUAUGAAAUUAAUUGUAAGGCAAUUUACAUCUGAAUAAAUGUGAAUAAUAUAUUAUAAAGUAGAAAUGCUCAAGGUUGUUGCCAAAAUUUGUACAUAAUGUACAUUAAAACUCUUCCAAUGGAUUUAAAAGAAAUCACAUAACCAGGAAAUAUGUACAAAAUUAAAUAAAUGUGUUAAUAAAAUUAAA